AUCAUUAUUCAUUAUAAUAUAUAAUCUAUAAUAAUUGUCGUCGUCGUCGAGUAAAUAUGUUUUCCGAGUUGUGUUUGAUUAUUAUAAAAGCAAUUAAAAAUAUACGUUCGUCAUAACACCGGCUGUUCAAGUACACAGUCCACGCUAUCACGUCUCUCAUUAAUUGGUGAGUGGACUUUGAAAGGAUUCUUAUAUCAAUGACUUAGUUGACAUAUUGUGGCGGUUGUCCCCGAAGAACUAAAUUAUUAAGUACUGGUGAUGAUUUGUACACUCAACUAUGGAAGAACCGUAUGAAAAAGAAUUGUAUAACAUAUUCAAAAGUUUUGAUAGUGAUGAAAAUGAUGAAUUGGAUCAUAAGGGGGUAAAUGCUCUUUGUGAAGCAUUACAGUUGGAUUUUAGCCAACGUAAACAAUUAUGGUCAUUCUUGGAUCAGAACUCUAAUGUUUCAUUUGAACAAUUCCGUGAUGCUCUUGUUUAUUUGGCCAAUAAUGGCUMAAAAGAUGAAACUUAUUCUAGAGAAAUCUCUCCCGUAAGAGAAAUAUCUCCGAAAUAUGUCUUUGGCGAAAAAAAAUAUGGACGCCGAACAAAGCCUCGAGAAGAUAGUUUUAUAUUAAACCAAACAGAUAUAACUCACGAUUUAAACAGCAGCAUACCAUCAUCUCCUCAAAAACUAGAAUAUGUUCAUAUAAAUUCAGAGUUGAAAUUGGACGAUGAAACAAAAAAUAAAGGCAUGUUAUCACAAUGUGAUGACAAACAUGAUUUGUUAAAAGAACGAUUGAUAAUGGACAAACAUAAUCUAAGUUUGGCCUGUGAACACAUGGGUAUUACUUCUAGUGGACUUAUAACAAAAACUCAAUUAUUUGAUGUAAUCCAACAUUUUGACUGCAAUGAAAAAUUAUUUGAGAAGAUAAAUGAUAAAUAUUCUAAUGACAGAAUACCAAUUAAAGAAGUUCUUGAAUUAAUCAGUAGUUUUGAUUACCGGUCUAUCUCGCCUAAUUCUGAAACAUCAACAUCAGGAGUCUCUUCUACAUCAUAUUAUCACAGAGAAGAUAAUUUACCAAAUUCAAUGAUGGUGAGUGUCAGCACUAUUAUUGAAUUAUGGGAAAGCUGUGGUAUACCAGAGUCUCUUAACUUGUUUCAAGAACUAGGAAUUGAUAUAUCUCAGGAUUCUGUUUAUAUACCUGAUCUAGUGUCUACUAUCAGCAAUCAACUCCAUAAAGUACAAAAUAAUUUUGUUGAUUCUUCAUUAACAGAGAAUGAUUCAAUUAAUACACCAUUUGUAUUGCUAAAAGCAUUAAGUUCGUUGAAUGAAUAUCAAGUUAAAUGGCUCAAAAUGAUAAUUGAGCAAAUGAAUUGUGAAAGAGAUAAAUUAAAGUAUGAUGUUGAUACUGCCAACAAUAGAGCAGUAAUGCUUGCACAAGAAGUUGAUGAAAAUCAUAUGAGAUUAGAAAAAUCUUCGGCAAACAAAAUUGCUGCUCUAGAACAUAAACAUCACGAAGAACGAAAAACACUCAUUGAUCAAUGGGGUUCAGAAAAAGAUCAAUUACUUAACCAAAACAUUUUGCUAAAUGAUAAAUUACAACAAGUACAAAAUUAUGAAAACGAAUUAGAGUCUGAACUUCUAAACAAAAAAAAACAACUGAGCUUAUUAGAAAGUGAAAAUACCACAUUAAAUGAACAAUUAGCUGAUUUAAAACAAAAAAAUGUUUCAUUAGAAGUUCAAGUUCAAGAAAUCCCACAGUUAAAACUUAAGGAACUAGAACUGGAAUCUAAUAAUGAACAAAUUAUUGAUCUCAUGCAAAAAAUUGAUUGUUUGAAAAAUGAAAAUAAAUGUCUUAGAGACCAAAAUGAUGAACUUGUUAUUGAGCUUGAAGCUACUAAAAUGAUAGAAAAUGUAGGUAAUGAUAGGUCAUUUGACAGUAAUGUCAGGAAUUUCUUGGCUGAAGAAAAUAGUCCUAACUGCUUUGGCAAAGUGAAAGAAUUUUCAACCGAAUUAUCUGUUGAGGAAGGCGGUAGUGAUUGUACAAAUACAUUCGAAACAUAUACAAUUGAAUCUGAAUGUGAUACAUGGAAUAAAGUUGAAAAUUCUCAAAAAUCACACCACAGAUCCCCUCAGACAUCAUUAACGCUUGUUAAUAAUAUAAAAACAUCUCUAGCCUCACAAUCUCGAAUUGAAUCAUGUCAUUUAGAUGAAUUAAUUGAGUAUUUAGAACAUAUGAAACAAUCACCAGAAUCAGACCAAUCUCAACAUGGYGAAGAAAAUCAGGCAAUAGAAGAAUCAAUGCAAGAAUCUCCUGAUAGUUUUAUGUCUUCUUCACCUUUAAAUAAAUAUCAAACCAGAAGGUCAUUGAAUAAGCAAUUUGAAAAUUCAAUGGAAACGGAAUUUAUURGAUCUACUUUAAUAGAAGUGUCAAAUGGUAGUGUUGAAAAAUUAAAACUCAUGUACAAUCAGUGUAAAUCAGAAAAUCAGGAGCUACGUGAAAAGUGCGAAAAGAUUGAAAAGUACUGGGAAUCAAGGUAUAAUCAACUAUGUGAAGUAGCAGACAAUGCACUGGAAGAAGCUAAACGGUUGAAAGAUGAAAGUACUGAAUUGGAACGUGGUAUGGAUGCACUACGCAAUGAAUACUUUGAGUGUGAAGAAUAUUGGUCUUUAAAAUUAGAAGAAGAACGUAAACUAAAUGAAUUGGUUAGUAUUUCUUGA